AUGACGUAUCAGAAAUUGGGUCGUUACAAUUUGGUAUCAGAGACUACAAUGAGACCACGAAGACAGAGUGCGCAGGAAGGAACCCCUAGUGAUAACCGAGAGAGAGGACAGGAAACCAUUAUGGCUACGAUGAACAUUGUAGCUGAGGCAGUGCAUGAGGCUACGAUGGCUGCUGCUAGGGCUGUUGAGCGUCUCGAAGUGAGAAAUGAAACUGGAAACGAAAACAGAGAGGAUAAUGGAAAUAACAAGGUUGAUCUAGCGCAUCUUGAUAAACUCAUGACCCUUUGUACUUUUCUGAAAGUGAAUCCACCUAAGUUCAAAGGUACAAUCGUUGCGACUGAUGCUGACAACUGGUUCCGAGGCAUCGUGCGAUCACUACAAGCACAACAUGUUCCGGAAGGCCAACAUGUAGAGUUUGCUACUUAUGUGCUCGAAGGAGAGGCUGAGUACUGGUGGCAGGGGAUACAGCAAUUGCUGCAACAGAAUGAAGGUGACAUUCCUUGGGAUUCCUUUAGAGACGAAUUCUAUAAGAAGUAUUUUCCGAGAGCAGCACGUGAUGCCAAGGAGAUGGAGCUUAUGCAGCUGAAGCAAGGGGAUAUGACUAUUGCUGAGUAUGCCCGUAAGUUCGAUGACUUGUGCCAUUUCUCUAAGAUUUAUCAAGGGAACCCAGUAGACUUUGAGGAAUGGAAGUGUUUGAAGUUUGAAGGAGGACUCCGAGAAGAACUGAUGAAUUCUGUUGUUGUGCUAGAGAUAAGAAAUUUUGCUGAACUGGUGAAUAAAAGUAAACUAGUGGAAGAAUGUUUGAAGAAGGUGGCAAUAGUUCAAGCGAAUCGUAAGGAAGCCUGA